UCGAGAUUCAAGCUGUCGUGGGAAGCCUGGAGGUGGAGCCCCAUGUAACAAGAUGACCCGAAGUUGCUCUGCAGUGGGCUGCAGUACCCGAGACACUGUGCUGAGCCGAGAGCGCGGCCUCUCCUUCCACCAAUUUCCAGCUGAUACCAUACAACGCUCAAAAUGGAUCAGAGCUGUUAAUCGUGUGGACCCCAGAAGCAAAAAGAUUUGGAUUCCAGGACCAGGUGCUAUACUAUGUUCUAAACAUUUUCAAGAAAGUGAUUUUGAGUCCUAUGGCAUAAGAAGAAAGCUGAAAAAAGGAGCUGUGCCUUCUGUUUCUCUAUACAAGAUUCUUCAGGGUGUUCACCUUAAAGGUAAAGCAAGACAGAAAAUCCUAAAACAACCACUUCCAGACAAUUCUCAAGAAGUUGCUAGUGAGGACCAUAACUAUAGUUUAAGGAGGCCCUGGACAGGAGGUGCUGAGAAACUGGCUGAGGUGCAACAAAUGUUACAAGUGUCUAAAAGAAGACUUAUCUCUGUAAAAAACUACAAGAUGAUCAAGAAAAGAAAGGGCCUACAGUUAAUUGAUUCACUUGUAGAAGAAAAACUACUUUCUGAAGAAACAGAGUGUCUCCUAAGAGCACAAUUUUCAGAUUUUAAUUGGGAGAUGUAUAAUUGGCGAGAAACAGCUGAGUACUCCACCGAAAUGAAACAAUUUGCAUGUACACUCUAUUUGUGUAGUAGCAAAGUCUAUGAUUAUGUAAGAAAGAUUCUUAAACUGCCUCAUUCUUCUAUCCUCAGAACGUGGUUAUCCAAAUGCAAACCCAGUCCAGGUUUCAACAGCAAUAUUUUUUCUUUUCUUCAACAAAGAGUAGAGAAUGGAGACCAGCUAUAUCAGUACUGUUCACUGAUCAUAAAAGGUAUCUCUCUCAAGGAACAACUUCAGUGGGAUCCCAGCAGUAACAGUUUGCAAGGGUUUAUGGACUUUGGUCUUGGGAAACUUGAUGCUGAUGAAACACCACUUGCCUCAGAAACCAUUUUGUUAAUGGCAGUGGGUAUUUUUGGUCAUUGGAGAACCCCUCUCGGUUACUUUUUUGUAAACAGAACAUCUGGAUACUUGCAAGCUCAGCUGCUUCGUCUGACUAUUGGCAAACUGAGUGACAUAGGGAUCACAGUUCUGGCUGUUACGUCUGAUGCUACAGCUCACAGUGUUCAAAUGGCAAAAGCAUUGGGGAUACAUAUUGAUGGAGACAACAUGAAGUGUACAUUUCAGCAUCCUUCAUCUUCUAGUCAACAGAUUGCAUACUUCUUUGAUUCUUGCCACUUGCUGAGAUUAAUAAGAAAUGCAUUUCAGAAUUUUCAAAGCAUUCAAUUUAUUAAUGGUACAGCACAUUGGCAGCACCUUGUGGAAUUAGUAGCUCUAGGAGAACAGGAAUUAUCAUAUAUGAAGGGAAUCCCAAGAAAACAUGCAAAUUUGAAAAAUCAUGUAUUGAAAAUGAAUGGUGCUGCUCAACUCUUUAGUGAGAGUGUAGCCAGCGCAUUAGAAUAUUUGCUGUCAGUGGGCCUUCCUCCUUUUCAAAACUGUAUUGGUACUAUCCAUUUUUUACGUUUAAUUAACAACCUGUUUGACGUUUUUAAUAGCAGAAACUGUUAUGGAAAGGGUCUUAAAGGACCUCUGUUACCUGAAACUUUUAGUAAAAUAAAUCAUGUAUUAAUUGAAGCCAAGACUAUUUUUCUUACAUUAUCUGACACUAGCAAUAAUCAGAUCCUUAAAGGUAAGCGGAAAUUAGGGUUCCUGGGAUUUUUGCUUAAUGCUGAGAGCUUAAAAUGGCUCUACCAAAAUUAUGUUUUCCCAAAAGUCAUGCCUUUCCCUUAUCUCCUGACUUACAAAUUCAGUCAAGACCAUCUGGAAUUAUUUCUAAAGAUGCUUAGGCAGGUAUUAGUACCCAGCUCCAGCUUUACCUGCAUGGCAUUCCAAAAAGCUUACCAGAAUUUAGAGACCAGAUACAGAUUUCAAGAUGAAGUUUUUCUAAGUGAAGUAAGCAUCUUUGACAUUUCAGUUGCUCGAAGAAAAGAUUUGGCCCUCUGGACAGUUCAACGUCAGUAUGGUGUCAGGGUUAUGAAGUCGCUUUUUCACAAAGAAGAUAUUUGUCAAGACUGGUCUAAUUGUUCACUAAGUGAGGCAUUACUAGACCUGUCAGAUCAAAAGCGAAGUCUUACCUGUUGUGCUGGUUAUAUUGCAAGUAGGUUAUCAGCUAUUUUAACUUGUGAAGACUGUAUCAGUGCACUGUAUGCAUCGGAUCUUAAAGCCUCUAAAAUUGGUUCACUGUUAUGUGUUAAAAAGAAGAAUGGUUUGCAUUUUCCUUCAGAAAGUCUAUGUCAGAUAAUAAAUAUUUGUGAACAAGUUCUAAGAACCCAUUCAAGAAUGGUAGUUUUUGAACUAGUUCCUAAACACAGGGAAUUGUAUCUUCAGGAGAAAAUAUUACAUGAGCUUUCUGGGCAUACUUAUCUUUUUGUAGAUUUAAAUGAGCAUCUCUUUGAUGGAGAAGUUUGUGCCAUCAAUCAUUUUGUAAAGCUACUAAAGGAUAUAAUAAUGUGUUUCUUAAGUAUCAGAGCUAAAGAUGUAGCUCAGUACUCUUUAAGACACCAUUCAGAAAGAACUGAAAGGAAGACUUUGUCAAAGAAACACGGUCUUUACAGGAUUACAAAUGUUUAACUUUCACUAAUACCAAUAAAUUUAGACAUUUGCUAAGUAAUGAUGGAUAUUCAUUAAAAUGAGAGCUCUUAAAACAUAUUACCAUUUUUCUUAAGAAUAUUUGGUCAACAUUUUUUUUAAAGCUCACUCUACCAUAUUUUAUAAAUUGACCAUUCUGCACAGUAGACAACUUUGCAAUUUUGACUUACUGAAUAUUAUUAUAAACUCUGCUCAUGUCUUGGAAUGGCCCAUAGCAUUUGAGUUUUCCAAACUGUACAAAGUAGUAAGUCUGUCAGAACAGACCACCAACAGGUGCUAUCUUUGAAGUUACUCCUAUAAGAGUGAUUUGAACUGAUACACUUUUGACUUGUUCAAAGAGUAACAACCAUUCAGAAUCACCCAAACAUGGGCUCUUUUGCUAACUAACAUUUUCUUAAAGAGCUUUGGUUUAUAAUUCUUAAGAAUGUUAGCAAAAUACUUUAUAUUUCAUAUUUAAAAAUGGAAGUUAAGUUGUGCUUUGAACAUUAGGCUAAAGUAAAAAGCAAUUACCACAAAGAUCCCCUUGUCCCGGGGUACCCUAAAAUAGAAAAACUUUGUCAGACAGAAGGUAAGUAUGUGAACCAUGAGAUUGUUCUUUGUGUUAUAUCCAAGCAGGAAAAUGCAGUCUGGGAAGAGUAAAGGUGAUGUGGUUUUUACUAUCCAAGUCCCUGGAUUUUGAAAUAUUUCUUUUGAAUAAUAUAAUACUUUACCACUUGACUCCUGUUGGAAGAACCCAGUGCUCAUCAGAGACUGGGAAGAAGCCUUUAUUUCAACUUCUGUUCUUUCUGAGAUGUGUUUUCAGGGAGACUAAAAUAAUCAAACAUACUAAUAUUGAUUGACUAAUAGAAUCAUAGCAUGUGAUUAAUAAACUAGAAAAUAAUGGUCUAUUUA